GUGUCGCGUUUUCAGGAAGUGAUACUAAAUGGAAUUUCUGCUUUUCCCCCCACGUGAGCCUCCACCAAAGCUCCACGCGCAGCAAGACUAAACCGGCUGCUAACGAUAAGAAUAUCACGUCACUGUAAAACAGCGGCUAACUCGCUCUGGACCAGAAAUUAACUGCCGUAGGGACACGGCGGAGCGGAUCAUUGUAGUCUCAGGUCCAGACAGCGCGAGGAAGAUGGCGGACGACCCCAGCGCAGCGGAUAGGAACGUGGAAAUUUGGAAGAUUAAGAAGUUGAUCAAAAGCCUUGAGGCGGCCAGAGGAAAUGGUACCAGUAUGAUUUCCCUCAUCAUCCCACCCAAGGAUCAGAUCUCACGUGUAGCGAAGAUGUUGGCCGAUGAGUUUGGCACAGCCUCCAACAUUAAGAGCAGAGUCAACAGACUUUCUGUGCUGGGAGCCAUUACCUCAGUACAGCAGAGACUCAAACUCUACAACAAAGUGCCUCCAAAUGGCCUGGUGGUGUAUUGUGGCACCAUAGUGACGGAAGAAGGCAAAGAAAAGAAAGUCAACAUUGAUUUUGAGCCUUUUAAGCCAAUCAACACAUCCUUGUAUUUAUGUGACAACAAGUUCCAUACUGAGGCACUAACAGCGCUGCUGUCAGAUGACAGUAAGUUUGGUUUCAUUGUGAUUGAUGGUAGCGGCGCCCUGUUUGGGACCUUACAAGGCAACACAAGGGAGGUGUUGCACAAAUUUACAGUGGAUCUGCCCAAAAAACACGGCAGAGGUGGACAGUCUGCUCUUUGAUUUGCGCGUUUGAGAAUGGAGAAAAGACACAACUACGUGCGGAAGGUAGCAGAGACGGCUGUUCAACUGUUUGUGUCCAAUGACAAGGUGAAUGUGGCUGGGCUGGUGCUUGCUGGAUCGGCAGACUUCAAGACCGAGCUGAGCCAGUCAGACAUGUUUGAUCCGAGGUUACAAGGUAAGGUUCUAAAACUGGUCGACAUAUCGUACGGAGGAGAGAAUGGGUUCAACCAGGCCAUCGAGCUCUCAGCGGAAGUGCUGUCCAAUGUGAAAUUCAUCCAAGAAAAGAAACUCAUAGGCCGAUAUUUCGAUGAGAUCAGUCAGGACACAGGGAAGUACUGUUUUGGUGUUGAAGACACGCUCAAAGCGCUGGAGAUGGGAGCGGUGGAGAUUCUUAUAGUUUACGAGAACUUGGACACUAUGCGCUAUGUCCUGCGUUGUCAUGGAGAAAACACUACACCUGAAAACGAUGAAAAGAUACUCUACCUGACACCAGAACAAGAGAAGGACAAGUCUCAUUUCACUGACAAGGAGACGGGUCAGGAGCACGAGCUGAUCGAGAGCAUGCCGCUGCUUGAGUGGUUUGCCAAUAACUACAAGAAAUUUGGAGCCACGCUGGAAAUCGUUACAGACAAGAGCCAGGAAGGCUCACAGUUUGUGAAAGGCUUUGGAGGCAUCGGUGGAAUUUUGCGGUACCGGGUUGAUUUCCAGGGCAUGGAGUACCAAGGAGAUGACGAUGAAUUCUUUGACUUAGAUGACUACUAGGUAGUCGGGACUGACAAAAAAGCAAAUUCAAAAAUAAGAUUUCCCCCCUUCACCUACCCCGCAAAUGGCAGGGGAGUGAAGGAGAUCGAAUCAGCAAGAGGGAGAAUACGAAUUUGAAAUGAUGGCAGAGGGUCUAUGUGUCCUUGGCUUUUAGACAGUGACUCCAUCUCUGGACUGGAAGAGAGUUUUCUCCUCUCCACUAAUAACCGGGUCAUCGCAACAGCAUGGCCAUGGCCCGUCUGCCUGUCCUGCCUCAGCUCUUCACAACACACUUUAGGCUUCGAGAUCUACUUUUUCUUCCCUUCUAAUCUCACUCCUUUCUUCCUUUCGCCUCUCCUUUUAUAAUGACAUCUGCUGCUGUUGUAUUUUAUUCAAAUGUAUUAUAUUUUCUCUUAUCCAGCAUAUAAAGACAGCAGUAGCAAACAAUUAGAUCUGUACUGCUUACAUAGCCACGUCAGACCCAUUGCCAGGCCUGCGUUUUAAUUUGCUGGUUAGCUCAGACUUGAUAUGUUGCCUUGUUUCUGCUGUAAACCAGUGUGGUGGUGAUGAUGCACUCUGAGCCAGCGGUACACUCUGCUCCCCCCAUCACAUUGUGCCCACAUUGAGGCAUUUCAUGCUCUCAAAUGGACCAUGUAGUAACUGGACCCAUCCCCCUGUGCUCCACCACUUCCUUCACGAAGACCGAGAACCAGUUCUCCUCUCCCUUGUUUUCCUCAACCCCAGGAGAUGCGAAUUCUCAAAAUAAACUAUAUAUGAGUGCCUGAUUUUUGCAGUUUGUGAAAUAUGACAGCACAGUGUACCAGCAUCUGGACCGUAACUUCAGCCUCCUGCUGUUUCACUUACAGUCUUAGCUUGAGCUCCCAGCACUCAUCGGUAUAUGAUGGCAGAACACGUGCAUGGGAAUGUCUUGUCGGAUCGAUCACGGGGUGGGAUGGGGGUUACUGUGUUAACUGUGAUGUGUGAGUGAGUAUAUGUCAGUUUGGCUGUUUAAUUCCCUUUUAAAAGACAUAUUCCUGAGCCCCAAAGCUCUCGUUUCUUUCCAGCGUCCCCAGUUACGUUGUAACAACAGAUUGGUUUUAGAAAAAGACAGCUAUGUCAAUGGACCUUUAUUGAUUGUGGUAUGGUUCGGUGUUCUGGCACCUACUAAAACAAGUCCUCUUAAUAAUGUAAGAGUAAUUUAAACACAACGACCCGCGAUAUUUUAAAUAUGUUGUAUAUUUUCUCAUUUUCUUUGAUCCAUCACUAUUUUGUAUAAAUCAUUUGUUACAUCUGGAUCACAGACAUUAAACGUCCUCAUUGUUUGCAAAA